AUGGACUGUGACGAACUCCUUACUCUGGAGAAGAUUGUUUGCCUGGAAAAGUGGGGUGUAAAACUCUUUCUCCUCGUUGUUCUGGUCCCCAGAACAUGGCUCCAGUUUGUUUCUCUAGUAGAUCGGGUGGAAGUGGAAUGUCUAGGUAGCCUUGCAAAACUCAAGUUGAAUCCAAGUUAUUUCCAGAACAAGUAUGUCGGUUUUGCUGCCCUUGAUCGGUUUGGCAGAGCUUGGUCGAUUGAUGAGGUCCAGGCUACGAAAUGUGGCUAUACCAUCUUCCAGGAUGCUUGGGGGAACAUUGAGUUCCGGGCCUCCCUGAUUGGCUGCUACACUCAGAUAGUGGAUGAUCAGCAGUUCACGCUAACCAUACAAAUCCAGGCAGCAACAAACCCAGAGAUGCACAAUGCAGCUUUGCUUAAUGUCCCUGUGAGUUGCUCGUACGGCCCAUGGCAGCCCAGGGAAAUUGUCUGUGAGACAAACUAUAUGGAGGUCUCAGUGAGAAGAAAUGUUCCAUCAAUCUCAGAUGGCUUUCUUCAAGAUCAACCUGAAGACUGGGCAUCUGCUUUCUCAGAGGUCAAAACUGGAACUCCCUCCACAUGGCAAAUAGUCUUUCACAUAGGCUCUGAGGAGAGGUCGAUGCUGGUUGAAGAAGCUCAAGCUGCAGGUUACGGGAUUAACACGACAGACACCAGGAUUGUGUUGAGAGCACCCUACAAUGCAUCUCAAGCUCAGAAAGUGGAAAUCAGUGGGAUCCCUUUUUCUUCUGUGAGAUCCAGUACCUACUACAAGCAGCGCUGGAUGCUCUACAUUGUUGACACUGCUGUAGCCUGCCCUAUAGAUGGUGUAACCUACACCGAAGAAACAAUCACUUGGGCAAUCCCAAAGCAGGUUUCUCCUCUUCUAAUUGGAGCUGGUACAUUCAAAGAAUUGCACAUAGAGAUGGGUGUUGACCUAUACAAACUGUCAACCCAGGAUAUAAAGAGCCGAGGUUACAUGCUGGCCAGUAACAAGGAAGCCAUUAUAAUAAAGAUACCCAUUGGUGCACUGGGUGGUAACUUCAAGAGCCACGUGGUUGAUAGAAAAUUGAUGAUCACCUACAGAAUCAAUGCCUUUGUGGAACAUUUGUGGGAAGAUGACAAGAGAGGUAUUACGAAGCAUCUCAUAUUGAAGAAGAUCAGCACACCUUUGCAGCAUGCACCCAUCAGGAUUACAGACUAUACAAAGAUCAAUCUCAAGCUCUUCAAUGCAACAGUUGGCUCCUUCUUGCCAGAUGUAGACCUGAUUGGUGUGACAGUGGGUCAUUUGGGGCCCUUGCCAUUGCCUGAGGCUGAGAAAUGGGGCUGUAAGGUCAUUGAAAUCAAAUACCCCAACGGCAGCAAAGAUUAUCUUGUGCAGAUUUCUUUUGAUAGUCCUGGAGUUGAGAAGGAGUAUGUGCCAGAACACUUUCGAAAUUAUACUACCAACCCUGUAUUGCAAUUCAGUGUGAUUCCUCAGGCAGAAAUCUUUGAAGUCCCAAUCCCUCUGUCUGCCUUGGUGAGCGAUGCAGUGCUGCCCCAAGCAGAAGGAUUCUGUGAUAACGAAGCCCUCUAUUUAGUGGUGAAACGUGGCAACGUGGACCAGAAUUGGAUGCCCUUUGUGGGAAACACACCCUUAACCCAAGAGAUGGCACGGACCCUUGAAUAUGGAUUGCAGGACAAUCAAACUCAUUUGGCCCUGAGAGUGCCGAAGCUUGCCACUCAUGUGUUCCUUGAAGAAAUAAACUCCUUUGGGAUUGUGACCACCUUCCAGUUGCAAUUUAAGGACCAUCUCAGUCAAACUGAAAUGAUUGAAUUUACCAUAUCCUGCAGCUUUUCUCCAAAAGAUCUAAUUGACUGUCAGCCUAAUGGCACAAUUGUAGUCUCUGCUCGGACGUUGGUUGGCAUGCCAGUCUUGGACCUCUCCAAUUUAGUGCUGAGAGAUAAACGCUGUAAACCAGCUUCUGUGACAAAAGCAGAAGCAGUCUUCCUCUUCAGUGUAAACUCUUGUGGCACAACACGCAAGUUUGAAAACACCAUCAUGACUUAUGAAAAUGAGGUCCUGUAUUUCCUCCCAGGCCAAGCAACACCUGUUUACCAGUUGAAAUGUGCUUGCCAGUACUUCAUUGGAAAUGCGCUGCUGCUCCAGUAUAGCCCUGCACAAGCACCAUCGCCAAGCAUACUGCCUGGGACUGGGCAACUGGAACUUGCCCUUAAACUGGCCAGAGAUCAGUCCUACAGAGAUUUCUAUCAUCAGUCCGAAUAUCCAGUAAGUCGUUACCUGCGAGAGCCCCUGUUUUUCCAGGUAGAGCUCCUUCACAGUGAAGAUCCACAGCUUGAGUUGUUUCUGGAGGACUGCUGGGCUACUGCAAAAUCUGACAGGACCAGUUUUCCACAGUGGCACAUAGUGGUUGACAGUUGUGAGAAUACAGCAGAUUCACAUCAGACCAUAUUCCAUGAUGUCCCCAGCACUUCUGUCCCAUUCCCUACACACCUGAAGAGGUUUGAAGUGAAAAUGUUUACAUUUGUGGUGAAUAGUCAAGCUGUUCAAGGAGAGAUCUACAUCCACUGUAGUGCAGUAAUCUGUGAUUCCACCCAGCCAUCUUCUGAUGCCCUUUGCACCAGGCUUUGCAUUCCCAGAAGGCAAAGAGCAGGCCGGAGCACUGAUUCCUCGAAUGAUAUCCAGGGAUACGUUUCAUCUGGAGCCAUUGUGAUGGGAAGGAGGAAUGAUUCCUAAACAUCUUAUAAAAAGACUGGUGGCAAGAUGUCGUUGCUGAAGUAUUUAUUUCUAAGAGUUGCAGCUGUGUAUUCUGUAAUAAAAAGCCUACAAUGGGUCUAUUUGGGUAUCUUUGUGUAAAUUUCUAGAGCAGUUUUAUUCAAACUUUUAGGGAUAGUGGGCAUACUUGGAACUUUUAGGGUUCUGAGGUCAUAGAAUAUUGGUCGCGAAAAUACUUUUGUAACGCUUAGUCACAAAAUGCUCAUUUUACGGAAAGGCAAACUAGAGAGGUUACAAAAUCUGAAUCCAUCAUAGAGGUGAGGAUCUGAUCUUGAGUACAUUCCAAAAACUCCUUUGCUUUAAUGCUUCUUGGUUUCCAUGAAAUGAAGUAUCUGUCAAACAUGCUCACUUAACUGAGAAAACCCAUCCUAAGUGAUGUAGGCCCAGCAACAGAAAUUAUUGUUUGCUACACAGGGUGUGCACAUGUAACACUUCAUAAAUAAAUCAUUUCUAGUCUGCUUCAAGUUAGUAUUUUUUAAGUGUUAACAAAUGCCUAGAUUAUUCAACAGCGCUUAAUGUUGCUCUACAUAUGGUAAACUAAUCAUGACACUGCAGUCAGCUUCAUUUACUGUAGAUCAUAAACAGAAGGUUGAGCCUUCAGUAGUUCUGCAGUAUAAAUGUGCCUUACAUAUUAAAUAAAAGUUAUUUUCAAUGUUCUAGAAUCUGGAUUCAGCCAUAAUCUAGCCCUGCCUUUGGUUCCUUAUAAAUUGUACCUGUAAAUUGAAGAACCUCUGAAGGAUAUAAAAGUGCCCUUACCUUAUUAUCAUAUACAGUAUAUAUUAUGUAUAUUUGGAACAAAUGACUAGGAAAGCAUUUUAAAUUGACCACUGAAAAAUAUAGACAAAGGAAUCAAAUAUUCACAAAGACUAGCAAGAUACUUUGGUAGGAAAGUUGUUAAGUGGCAAGGGAACCAAAUUUUGAAGAGAAGAAAAAAUAGCACAAUUACCUGGCAGGCUUAUUAUCUAGCUGAAGUAAUCUUUACAACUGUACCAUAGAGAGGAAAUUGGAAUGUGGCUCAAACCUAAGAACGUAAAAAAAAAAAUCAAUAUGCUCUGAAAGAGUUGCUAGUUGACAAUAGAAGCAAUAUUUCAUCAAGAAAUGUUCCAACUGACUUUUAAAAGCAAUACUAUAGUGCUAUCAUGUUUUAGAUCUACAUGUUUCAUUUUUAUUAGUCAUUGCAUAGCACAUUUCUGCUUUGUUAUAGUGAUCAUUUUAGAAAAACUCUGUGCCUGCUAAAAGAUGCAUGAGUGUUUUUACAAAUUUCCCAAUUAAAGAAAACUUUUUAGAAUUAUUAAAAACACCUAGCAUUCUGACCUGAUCAAUUUAAUUUUAUCUUGCCACUGUUCUCUUGACAUGCAAGACUGGUGCUUGGGUAGAAAAUGGAAUGUGCAUCCUACACAAUGCUCAAGUAGCCUUUAGAGGUUUUAUAACCCUAUUAAUCCCAACUAAGUAUGAUAAAGGCUCCUAUGCCUCAUAUAGAGGGCAGUGGUUAGAAUGCAGUAUUGCAGGCUAAUCCUGACUGCCAAUUGCCAGCAGUUCGAUCCUGACCGGCUCC